AUGCUGAAAGAGUUUGAAGGGUUUCUUAGACAGGGAAGCGCAGGAGAGAUGAAGAAGGCCAUGCUCAGUCCAGAAAAUGAAAUCAUCACUCUCAUCAUCUCUGAUUCUAGUCCAAACUUAGUUAAUCAAAGUGUCCAAAGUGCAUUUGGGUCACGAAUCUCAUUGGUUCCCACACUGUCGCCUAGGACGUCAGUCACAAGGCAUGAUGACAUCAUCUUCCGGAGUAUCUUCCGAUUGAUUCCUUCCCCAUCACUUGGGAUGUCAAUCUCUGUACGUGAUGACAUCCUCUCUCGACUUGUCCUCCAGUUGGUUCCGUCACCAUCGGUCUCCGUCGGGUCAUGUGAUGUUGCGUCAUCCUCACGUGACGCGCGUAGGUUUCACCAGGAAUCUCCAUCUCUCCCGGAUAUCACAUUCAGCACUCAACACUCGGCUUGCUCCUUCUCCAUGAUUCAAAUCAUACGAGGAAUGGUAUAUGGAGUAAGGAAUGGAAGGAGGGAGUUUGAUAUAUGGAGAAGGUACCUAACCCUUCAGCUAAGAAUUUCUCCUAGGGAUUGCACCCGGUUAUAUAGUAAAAUAAAAAUAAAGGAGUCUUUUGGAUGCCUUAACUACAAAAAAAAUAACAACACUUGA